CUUUUUUUGAGUUUUCAAAAUGCAUCCAGCUGCGGAAAUCUCAAUUUUUAUCUCCUUCAUCUUGGUCUGUGGGGGUUUGGGUUAUUCUGUCUUCUGGCUUUGGCGUAAUAAGUUUUUGACCUUCAUGAUAUUCAUGCUAGGUUUGUUUUGCACUGUUUGGGGAAUCACCAUCGUUCUUGACUUUAUUAAGGUUUCACGCUGGGUCAUAUAUGGGUCUAUAUGGGUCCAUAUAGGAAUGAAUCUUAUUGGGGUUCUGUACUGGAUUUGUGGGGGUGUCUGUGGGGAGGGCCUCUUAUUCAGACAGAGAAUAUGUGAAAUCGAAUUCUGGAUAUGGGUGUUUAUGGUUGUCUUGAGUCUCCUGGAAUCCAUAGCCUACCAAGCCAUUCUCCCCUUAGAUGAAAAAAAUCCACCACAAAAAAAAAUUGAACUUUUCACAAAGGUGGACAAGCUGUAUCCGUUCCUGGUUGGUCUUGCUACUGUCAUUGAAACAUGGGUGACACGGUGCUCGGACAUUAAGUUCGAAAAAAAGAAGUCUGUUCCGGUGAAGAGUAUUGAAUCCGCAUUCAAGACAAUGAUCGAUGGGUACAUUGAAUCUGGUCAUAUGGCUCGAGAGGGAGACACAGGCGAUCUUCGACUUCUUUCAGAGGCCUUCGAUGCUUUUCUUAACGAAGUGAAAAAUGAGGUUCCCCGGAUGGAAAUCCAUGUGGUGUAGUGGAAUUUGCUCUUAGUACGGAGUAUUUAUUGUUUGUGUGUUGUUUAUUUGGCCAUUUCUGUUCGACGGCCUAUUAGGUUGAAUUUUCUUAUUUCUGCAUUUCGAUUUUCAAUUCCGGUUGUCUUUGUUUUGUCUCGUUUUAUGUUUCGUGGUAAUGGUUUGUCUUGUGUCGUUUUAUGUUAUGUCGUAAUGGGGUGUUACGUUUUGUAAUGGUGUAAUGGUUUGUUUUGUGUUGAAUGAAGUUCUUAUUAUGUUUUA